AAUGACCCUCAUCUGUACAGUGAGAAUACGGUGAACCUUCUGUUUGAUAAAUCGAUAUCCUACAGUUCUUACUAGCAUCCGAGUUGGCAGGAAGCAGGAUCCACAAAGCGCCCGGUACGCGUCGUAAGCAAGUCACGCAUUCUCCACGUGCACUUCUCGAUCGCGUUCGGUUCGGUAGUUAGGCCUCCUCAAAUGCUUUACUCUGCCUCUGAACGCUUUAGAUGCCAUUUCUUCGACCUUUCUAUUCGUUAGCUUCGUAUGCAUUUGGUGGUCGCUUCUUCCUAUUAUAUAUUGGCCCUGUGCGAGGCUCGUCGGCUUGUGGGGCAUCAAUUUGAGGGGUAGCCACCUUGGCGUUCAAUCGAAUGUUUCGAUACUUAUAACGUCCAGCGACUCAGAAUGACUACUGCUAUUCCCAUGCUCUCGCCACCACCAUCACCAUCGUCGUUCCUCACAUCAUGAACGGACACACACGCUUUCUCGAUGAGCAUCGUAUGGCUGCGGAGCCUAUCCCGCUUUCCCGUACACAGACAGGGAUAUUACUUAAGGCACAAACCAUCGAUAUGAGUCGUAUUGCAUCUGAACCACCUCCCGAUCAAACCAAACGGAAAUGGACACAAGAGGACCAGGAUGAAGAAGAUGCAGAGAAAAGGAGGAAAGCUAUAAAAGAACUCGUGCAGUCUUGGAUGGACCGUCUGCAGCUGAUUAGCGUUAUUGUGUGUGCAUCCAUUAUGAAUUCAUUUCCGAUGAACUCAUCCACAACGUCGGGCCGCAAGACGACAUUCUUUGCAGCCACGGAGGCGCAGCUCCUUGGUCUUACCACUCCGGACCUUGAUAAUCGUGGUAACUUGCAGCUUAGCGAAGCCAUAACCAACGCCACAUUAGCUGGAGCACUCCUCGUGCACGUUUAUGCCGGUAUGAGCGCAUUAUCGUCACACCUGAAAGUACUUAUGCAUGGUCAAGCUAUCCUUUCUUUCUUUGCUGCUUUUUUUCUGAUCAGAUACCGACUCAAAGAGGCUACAAGGGCGGAGAUCAAGAUUGAAACUGGACAAGUUGAUUCUCCCCGGGACAUACCCAUCUUUACGUCCAACCCACAUCUGGAGACUGUGGGCUGGUUUCGAAGGCCACAGCCGCCAAUCCAUUUACUAGAGAACUGCCAUACGCUUUGCAUGUGGUUGGCUCAUAUUGGAUUUUCACUUGCGCUGACGUCUGUAGUAUGUUUCUCAUGGGCACGUUUGCCUCUAGGCGUCAGUAUUUUCGUCUCCGUUGGAGUGGGAGCUUGUUCCCUCGCGAGCGUUGUAGCCUUUAUCGCCUCGUUCAGAUGAGCAUAGGCUGCUACGUAUAAGUAUGCCGUGCAUAUCAUUGCAUUUCACCUUACUCUCACUGUAUUCAUAUCACGUCGCACCGUACGCGCCUCCUAAUUUAAUUAUAUCAUUCAUCACUAACGACAAUCGACAUCACAGUCUGUUGAUAAAUUUCAGAUGCCCCAUCCCUGACUCGAAUAGCGAGUGAACCAAGCAAUGGAAUAGAGGUAAGAUGUGUGUAAUAUACAAGGAGCCAGGGGACGGAAACAGAGGCAGACAAUACAUGCAAGGGAAACAUAUACGCUCGAAGUACAAGUCAUACGGAUACUAUGAUUCCACACAAAUCGUCUUUCAUUACAGCCUGCUCUCCUUGAACUUCGCAAAGGCGAGCGGUUGAUCUAUCAAAAAGAUAGUUCAGAUCAGCACAUGCAACAUAACUGUCAUACACGGAGACAGGUAUAAGAUGAACCGGAAC